UGACGUCACCGCCGCCAGUACCUGCAGCAGCUCGUCCUGCUGAACCCGCUCUCACACGGAAACUCUCCUCUCCGCCGCUCCCAGAGAAACUCUACAAACUCUACAGGCGACGCUUUUCCCAGGGGAAUAUAUUCAAAACACUUUUCAUCAUUGUUUUCCAACACUUUUCUGUUUUUGAGAGGAAUACCGACCGGAGGAGUCGCACACAAAUGGGCCCCGCUCGGGUCGCGGUUUGGGGCGUUUUAAUCGUCGUUUUUCAGGCCUGGGCUCAAGCGAACACACAGGAACCAUCAUGUGCACCUGGAUUCCAGUCAGACUUGUUGAUUUUCAGAGUGGCGACAAAGCACCUGAAGCAGGGGACCAGACUGGGCAGAGUUGGCUUCACAGACUGUACGGAUCGCAGGAUCUUUCUCUUCAGCACCGACGACAGCCGCUUCGUGGUGCAGACUGAUGGCACUUUAACUGUAAAAAGACCGGUUGUUCUUCACGAUGGUGGACUGGACUUCUUCAUCCGCUCCUGGGAUUCUCACGGUCGCAGGAUGAGUGUUCCUGCCAGGGUCCUGCACCAUGGCCAUCGCCAUGGAAACCAUCACCAUGGAAACCAUCACCACAGUGUUGGCCACAACCACGAGCAUCACCUCCCGCAAACGGAGGUUUCUAGUAACACAAACACCGAAGCCCCACAGGUGCCAAUCCUGCAUUUCCCUAAGUCCAGUGAAGGGCUGAAGAGGAGGAAGAGAGACUGGGUCAUUCCUCCGCUCAACGUUGCUGAGAACUACCGAGGAGACUUUCCCCAAAAAAUCUCCCAGAUCAAAUCCAACUCAGACAUAAUCAUCUUCUACAGCAUCACUGGGCCGGGAGCCGACCAGCCUCCCGUGAAUCUCUUCAAGAUGGACCGGGGCACCGGGAAUCUGUACGUCACUCAGCAGCUGGACAGAGAGAAGAAAAGCAGCUACAGGUUGCUAGCGCACGCCGUUUCAGAUGGCGGCGGGACUGCAGAGGAGCCCAUGGAAAUCACCGUCAUUGUAAUUGACCAGAAUGACAACAACCCUAUCUUUAAUCAGUCCACCUACAUCGGAGAAGUGGCCGAGGCCUCAAAGAAAGAUUCUGAUGUGAUCCAGGUUUUUGCCACCGACGCUGACGAUCCAGCAACUGACAACGGAGUGAUCCGCUACAGUAUUCUAGACCAGGACCCAAAGCUGCCCGCCGGCAACAUGUUUGCCAUCAACCCAGUCACCGGAGUGAUCCGAGUCAACCUGGAAGGACUGGACAGAGAGAAAUUCCCUCGGUACACGCUGGACGUCCGAGCAGCAGACACGGAGGGCCGGGGCUUGUCUGCAGACACCAAGGUCAUUCUCAAGGUGACGGACAGCAACGACAACGCUCCCGUCUUCACCAAGCCCACGUACGAAGCAGCGGUUCCAGAGAACAAAGUGGACGAGUUUGUUGUUACGAUGUCGGUAACCGACGGCGACGAGCCACACUCCCAAGCCUGGAACGCCGUAUUCAAGAUCAUAGACGGAGAUCCGGAAGGCUUUUUCUCUGUGAAGACUGGAACCAACAAACAAGAAGGAAUCAUCAGUACGGUCAAGGCUCUGGACUUCGAGAAGACCAGGAAGCACACGCUGCUGGUGGCCGUGGAGAACGAGGUCCCGUUCGUGACGCCGCUGACCACGGCCACCGCCACGGUGGUGGUGACCGUGGAAGACGUCAACGAAGCUCCCAUCUUUGAACCCCAGGAGAAGCUCGUAUCCAAAAGAGAAGACCUUGUUGUCGGCAGCCCCAUACUGACGUACACGGCCAACGACCCCGACGUAGCCCGGGAACAGAAAGUAGAGUAUAAAAUGAUCAACGACCCGGCAGGCUGGCUGAGCGUCGCCAGGGACACGGGUCUGAUCACGGUGAAAAGCCUCAUGGACAGGGAGUCCCUCUUCGUCAAAGAUGAAGUAUACAGAGCUCUGAUUGGUGCUAUUGAUAACGAUGAAGUUCCAGCCACAGGAACGGGUACUCUCCUCAUUAAGCUGGAAGACGUCAACGAUAACGCCCCCACCAUUUAUGAAAGGGAACUGAAUGUGUGCAGCAAGAAGCCCGUCCCUCAACUGCUCACCGUCAUAGACAAAGAUGGCCCGACCUUCAGUGCUCCGUUUGACGUGAGUCUCCCCGAGUCAACCAAGGCCAACUGGACGGCGAGGAUGAACGGCACCAAAACGGGGGUCCUCCUGACGUUGACUAUGGACCUGCCUGAAGGAUUCUACAACGUGGGGAUGAAUGUUGCCGACCACCUGGGCAAGAGUCAGCUCAGCACCAUCAAGGCCCACGUGUGCAGCUGCACAGGAGAUGAAUUCCGCUGCGUAGGGAGGAUUGCAGGAGACGAUAACCUGCCGGUCAUCCUGGGAAUACUCGGGGGCGUUCUGCUGCUGCUCAUGCUGGUGCUGCUGCUGCUGCUGUUUGCAAGGCGGAGGAGAGUGGAGAAGCAGGAGCCGCUACUGCAGGAUGACGACAUAAGAGACAACAUCUAUUACUACGAUGAAGAGGGAGGUGGAGAGGACGAUCAGGACUUUGAUCUGAGCGUGCUCCACCGGGGUCUGGAUAACCGGCCGGGGGUGAUCCGGGACGACGUGGCCCCCACAUUCCUAACGGCUCCCCGCUACCGAGCCCGCCCAGCCAACCCCGACGAGAUCGGCACCUUCAUCGACGAGAACCUGAAGGCGGCAGACAACGACCCGACGGCGCCUCCGUACGACUCCCUGCUGGUGUUCGACUACGAGGGCGGCGGCUCCGACGCAGGAAGCCUGUCCUCCCUGAACUCCUGCAGCAGCGGAGACCAGGACUACGACUGCCUGGCCGACUGGGGGCCGCGCUUCAAGAAGCUGUCCGACAUGUACGGAGGAGGGGAGGACGACGACAUGCUGUGAUCUGUCUGCUGGUGGCGCGUCCCGUCGGUACGGUUCCAGUAACUUCUCAGCACAGAAGCCAAGGACGACUUCUUCCUUUUAUCAUUCCUCUGUUGGGCUUUUUGUUUUUUAGUGCUUGAGCUUUGCGUUUGACUCGCAGGCUGAGGACAGAAACACCUGACUCCAGUCACCGGACACACGCUCGCAGCUGCACUGGUACGAUUAAAACGAGUAAAACUGGCAAAGUGCGGCUUUAAAAAUAGUUUUUUCUUGUUUGUACUGUUUUUUUAUAUUUCUGUUCGACGAAUGAAUCGGUAAUGGUUAACAAUGCCACAUCACCGCCUCGGUGAGCUUGAUAAGUUUCCAAUAAAUGGUUUCUUUUUUAGAUGUUGAAUAAGCAUCUGCUGUACUUCUGUCAAAACUCUUAUUGCAGUUGCUUCCAAAUGUACUUUAUAAGCAAUACUCUGUUAAUUUGACUUUUUUUUUAUAAAGUUAUCUUAAUACAA